AGGGAAACAUUUCUUGCCGGCUUGUUACCAAGUUAAAAUUCAGUCUCGAGUGUUUCGUUACCGAACACGGAAUUACUUUUCAUCAGUGAUUUUGUCAUUGUUGCUUCCUCAGUGAAAACAAGAUUUCAAAGAAUUUUUUUCAACAUGUCCGUUCGCACAUUGCAAACUGAAGAUAAAUUGGAGUAUCAGUUCUUUCCAUCAAGAGGAAAUCAGGUCCAAUUUCGUGUGAAAGCAGCAAAUGAUGCUCACGUUGCACUCACACCUGGUCCUCAAGAAGGAGAACCAAUGUACGAGAUUUUCAUUGGCGGUUGGUCAAAUGCAAAAUCCGUUAUUCGCAAGAACAGAACAAAGCCCGAGGUUGCUGAAGCUGAAACUUCAUCAAUUCUCAGCGCCGAUGAGUUUCGCGGUUUUUGGAUAAGAUGGAGCGAUAAUUUAUUGACAGUUGGAAGAGAAGGUUUUCAUGAACCAAUGCUAAGUUACACUGAUUCUGAAUUCAUAAAUGUUGGUUUCAUUGGAUUUUGCACCGGAUGGGGUGCUUGCGGUGAAUGGCAACUCGAAGCGUGUUGUUUCGGCGAUUUCGACGGUUACGAUUCACCAACACCUUCCGCUCCGGUUGUUCCAAUGUCAUCAGCGAGUCCAACGGGAGUUUGGUGUGAAGCCGUCGGAGGAGUAUUACCUGCGGGUGCUCUAGAAGGCGGAAACGACAUUGACGGCAUCUUGUUUGUUGGAAGAGCUAAUCACGAAGGUGCUCUCAUUCCGGGCAAAGUGAAUCCCCAACAUGGCGUUUGUUACGUGGCUUGGGGUGGCGAGGAACACGGAAAAUCCGAUUACGAGGUUUUAUGCAGCAGUGCCGCAAUGUGGGUUCCAACAAGUGGCGAAAAUAUUCCGCCAAAUGCCGUUCCCGGAGGACAAACAGAAGAUGGCGAAACACUUUUCAUUGGCCGUGUUAAUCACGAGGGCACAGUAACUAUCGGCAAAGUCCAACCGUCACACAAAUGUCUCUAUAUUUCUUUUGCCGGACAAGAAGUUCCAUUCAAUGAUUUCGAAAUUCUUGUUUCAUAAAGAAAUCAACGAAAAAAAAAAAUUUUUUAAUGCAAAAAUUGAGGAGGAAAAUAAUCUCACUCAAAAAUUGAAAGCUUUCUUCAAAUCACAUUUUGAGGUCCUGAAUAUUCACGCGCGACGAUUUUCAUCACCUUGCACUAAUAAAAAAAAAGAAAAAAACCAAAUAAUAAUUAAUUAAAAA